AUGUUUCGCAAUACCUACGAUUCAGACAACACAGUCUUCUCGCCGCAAGGCCGCCUUCAUCAGGUCGAGUAUGCCUUGGAGGCGGUAAAGCAGGGAUCUGCUGCUGUGGGUCUGCGAUCGAAGACGCAUUCUAUUUUGCUGGCUUUGAAGCGUUCGACUGGAGAGCUGGCCUCGUACCAGCAGAAGAUGUUCAGGAUAGACGAUCAUGUUGGGAUUGCUAUUGCUGGGCUGACCUCUGAUGCGCGUGUACUGAGCAACUUCAUGCGACAACAUGCCAUGUCUUCACGCAUGCUCUUCAAUCGACCGGUGCCCGUAAACCGAUUGGUCUCGGCUAUUGCUGAUAAGGCCCAAGUAAACACACAAGAGUACGGUCGACGACCUUAUGGUGUCGGUUUCCUUGUCAUAGGACAAGACCAAACGGGUCCCCAUUUAUACGAGUUCUCGCCCUCGGGUAAUUCAUACGAAUACUUCGCCAUGUCCAUCGGCGCGAGAAGUCAGAGCGCAAAAACGUAUCUCGAGAAGCAUUACAAGAGUUUCGCAGACUGCACUCUGGAGGAGCUGAUCAAACACGGGCUGCACGCAUUGCGGGAGACUUUGCAACAGGACAAAGAACUCACCAUCAACAACACCUCGAUCGGCAUUGUCGGUCCAUCAAGUGCACAUGAAGAGGCCGUUCCACCCGCUGGACCAUUCAGAAUUCUGGAGGGGGAGAAAAUCCAAGUCUUCUUAGACAGCAUGGUACCCAAAGACGCGCCAGCACCCACGACAACGGCUGGCGACGAAGAUGUUCAAAUGGCGGAGUAA